AUGUGUUUUGUGCGUUGCUCUAGUGAACACGGUAGCAACUCGGAAGAGAUCACGUUGCAAAUAAGGUCAAGGUCGUCGUGCUUUUUGUGCUCUACACCACUUGAUACUACUACCUUGUGGAGCAAGAGAAAACGGUUGGAUGGACGUAGUCUCACUGAUGCUCGACAUACUUUAGAAGUUAUGCUUCAAGAACACUCGGGCCUUCCACUGUCUUCGUACUUGCCACCUGCUGGUCCAGCUUAUGUGUGUCACUACUGUCAAAAAGAUUUGAAGAAACUAAGUGAACUUCAUCUGCUGAAGGUUAAGAUAAAACAACAUUUGGCACACUUGCCUGUCUAUGUAUGUGGUACAGCUUCAAAGAGGCAACGACUUGAAGUACCUGGGGAUGAAGAUGGAGAUGAAAUGACAGGUAGCCAACCAGAAAUGCUUCAACAGAGGAUCCAAAAAGUGUCUCCAAAAGUAAAGGUGGUUGUAAAAUACAAGUCUGGAAUGAGAGCAUACAACCUUGCUUCUCCAAGAAGAAAGCAGGCAGUAAAGAGAUGUGUUCGCGGGAAUUUGUUCUCGGUGUUUUCUUGUUUGCAACCCCUAAUGGUCUGCAUAUCACACAAAGGUACUCUUAAAAUUUUGGAUAGAAUCAGUGACAACUUUGAUUCCGAAGUGAAAUCAUGGUCAGAAAACCUAAAGCAUCACUUUCCAACAGAAAUGAGGAUCAUUGGUGUGGCCAAGUCAAGUGAAUUAGCCCAGUCUUCUUUGUCUAGCAACCAGUCAGAAUACAGAUUAGACACUGACAAUCAAACAGACCACUGUACAGAAAACCAGACAGUUGACAAGACUGUCUCUACAGACUCUGAAUUGAAAACUGAAAUUUUGGAGAGUGAUGGGCAUUCUUCAAGAAAGUCUACAUCUGACCUGGAUUCACCCUCUAGUCAAUUAAGUGACAUUGAUGUGGAAAAUUGUUUACUUGAAGAUGACACUGGAAGAGAAGUCAUUCAAUCUCAAUGGACUGGGUUUAAGAUUGUGGGUGAUAAUAUUGACAAAAACGUUAGACCAUCCAAUCAAAGAGUUGACCAUCAAACUCGUUCUUAUCACUAUUUUCAUUCCUUUGCGGUCUUGGACAGAAUCGAUCUGAGCAUUUCAUCGAAUAGAGCUCCUAACACAUUCAAUCUAACCAUUGAUGAUUUCUUAAUAAAUAGCCACGACAUCAUGCAGCUGGAAAGAGACUUUGAAGUACUUCUUUCCAGAGUUCUUGUGAGACGAAUCCCAGACUUUGAACAUCAAGCAGCUGAUGUAGUGUGGCACAUUCCAUGCAAGUAUCAAAAGGAGAUGUCAAGUAAAUCGAAGAUGGUGCCAUUGGGAGUGCUUCUCCACAAUGAAAUUUACCUGCCAGAAAUGUGCAAGAUACUUGGUUCGCUACAAGAAUAUGUCCCCUCUCGUGUAGUGAACAGUACUCUUGACGUGGGAGAUAAGUCAUUGUGCUUGAAAAAUGUCGAUUUCUUGCCUAUUUUGAUGGGAGGCGAUCAACUUACAGCAGCCAGGGCUAGAGGGGCCAAGUCUCUAAGAAGUAGCCAUGACAAUGCAAAAGAUAGAUUGGAAGGAUUGCUGCCUGUUGUUGAAGAUUGGCAUGCUCGCCUCACCUUGGCAAAGGCUAUAUGGAAGCGCUUAUAUUGGGACGAUUCUAGCAGAGACAAAGGCACUUUACACCAUCUAAGACAUGUGCUAAAUAGGACCAGCGUGCAUAAAGAUCCUGGUAAAGACCUCAAGGCUGCUGAGGACUUUUUUACCCUUGUAUGAGAAGCUCAUGUGGUGUCAGCAGCACAGUCUGUAAAAUCAACACAAGGGGAAGAAGAGACCUUAGCACCCUUAUGCAGAAAAGUCAUGGAUUCUUUUGUGUUGCUGUCAUCCUUACUAGCACAGAGGGAACAUUCUACUGCUUUCGAUGCAGUCCAUGUUUAUGCACUUGACAUCCUGAAUCUUGGCCUCAUCUACAAGGGUUUUCAUGACGCAGUCAAAGAGGGGGAUGGUGAUAGAGUGAUACGAUACUGGAAAGUGCUCAUGGUGCUAUUUAAAGAAACCGGUAAACGAAAUUAUAGCAAGGAGGCAUUUCUGCUAAUCCUCCAACUUCACUCGUUAUCUGAAAGAGCAGCCACAGAAGUAAAAUGGAGCCGGUUUGUAAAUAGAAGGGGCCAAAUUGGAUGCAACAUACCUUGCGAUUUGGCGAUGGAACACCUAAACAGACGGCUGAAGGGUAUCAUCCGUAAUAUGGGAGCUAAUGUUGUCCCUUCAGCAUUAGCUCGUGCAGCAAAAUCAAUAGGUAGUGUAGACUGUGUGUGCGACUUGUUCGAACAGUCGGUUAUGGCUCAGCAGACAUCUAGCAAACACACCAUCGCUCAAGACAGCAAAGACUUUCAGCUAGUGCUGCAAAUAUUAAAUGAAAAAAAAAUAUUCAAGGAAGAGAUUGGAAGGCAUCAUAGCCGCUUUCGAUACUCAUGCACCCUCCUGGAACAAAGCAGGAAAGAAACUCUUUGCACAUGGCUACAGAAGUUGCUGCAAGAGCACAUUGGUUUCGUACCUGAGGAUGACGACAAUGAUGAUGAUGAUAAUGAUGUAGAUGUACAUUUUAAUGACACCGAGUGAACCUAAAGUAUUAUUGUUAUUAUGUGCUAUGUAUUGUAAGCAUGAAAACUCUAGACUAGCUAUGUAUGAACUACCAUAUAUGAGCUGUACGUAUAUCUAUGAAUUAAUACAUGAAGAUCAUGCAGUAUACGCAUGCAGUGUUGAUCGUUACGUAAAGGUUACUCAGGGCCAGGCAGAUAUCAUAUAAUGUAAGUAGUAGAGACUUGCGUGUUCCAUAGAUGUCUGACAUGCAGUGUCAGAAGUGAAGUCUGCAACCCAAGCUGCUUCCGUUCAUAUUACUCCAAUCACAACGUGGUCUCUUCUUGGUUGCUACUGUAUGUGUUCACCAAAGCAAAGCACAAAACACAUGAAAUGAUUACCCAAACACAGAAAGACGACUCAUCUUGUUUCGAUGACGUCAUGCAACUCCAAGCCCUUCCAGAUAUCGCUCACUCCGGACUGUCUGCGGUCGCUUUAGACGUCAAAAAACAGCAAACAGCACUGAGUACGUUCGCAUCCAUCCAGUACGUUCGCAUUCAGUCUCCGUUGUGACACGAGCGCACAACGCUAGAUCGUACGACGUCG